AUGCCUUCUUCUAGCACCGGCGAGAUCAGUUCCUCCUCUAUCGCAGAGUGGGAUGCUACGCAGUCGAACGUCCCGGCUUCUCACCCCGUGUCACCUUUCUGGCUCGCGGAUGAGCUUAUCGAGAGCGUGUCUGUCUUCAAAGCUGCCCACUCCAGGGACUUUUCCACCGCGUCUAGCAAGACCCUAACAAAUGGAGGCAGCGACACGGAUAGCUUAGCUCAGCUUAACCGCGCGAGCUCUCCCGACAAUACUCAGCGGUAUUCGAUUCUAGCAGAUCUUCUGAUUGAAUCUGCACCCCAUCUACGGCACUUAGCGACUAUCCGGACAGACGAUUCGAGGUUGCACAUCACCUCUGGAACGCCCAAGAACCAGCUAGUCACACCUGUCGAAGAGCAACGGCAUCCGGGAAAACCAGCCGUAAAAACCCAAGAGCCGGAGACGCAAGAAGGUGAUGAGCAAAGCCAGCAAUUGCCGGCCACGGAAGGCGAGAGCGCCACCGCAAAUCAAUUUUUACAUGGAAUUCCAUUAUUACUACUCACCAUCGGUCUCUCAUUAGUCGUUUUCCUAAUAUCCAUAGAUAGAACAAUUAUCACUACAGCCAUUCCUUUCAUUACCUCCGAAUUUCAGUCUACGGCAGACAUCGGCUGGUAUGGCUCCGCCUACCUCCUUACAGCAUGUGCAUUUCAGCCCGUCUUCGGGCGAGUAUUUACUUCCUUUAACGUCAAAUGGUCAUAUCUCCUUUCCAUGUUUGUCUUUGAAAUUGGGUCUAUAAUUAGCGGGUUUGCGCCAUCUUCCGUGGCCCUUAUCGUCGGACGGGCUAUCGCCGGGUUUGGCAGCGCCGGCAUCCUGACGGGCAGCUUUGUUAUAGUAGCAACGGCUGUCCCGUUAGCCGUUAGGCCAAUCUAUACUGCCGUUGUUGGUCUAAUGUUUGGUGUGGGUGCUACUGUUGGUCCUCUUAUUGGAGGUGUAUUCACGGAUUUAGUGACAUGGCGAUGGUGCUUCUGGAUCAACUUACCGGUUGGUGCCGUGACGAUCCUCGUGAUGAUACUUGUAUACCAUCCGCAACCACGCGCCGAGACGAAACGAGGAGUUUUUAAUCGCCUAAUCGAUCUUGACCUUGUCGGCAAUAUUAUUUUGUUGGGCGCUGCCGUCAUGUUGUUCUUAGCUCUCGAAGCUACUCUCACCGGCGCCGCCUGGGCAAGCCCCGAAGUCAUCGGUCUCCUCUGUGGAUCCGGCGUCGCCGCAAUCGUGUUAAUAGGGUGGCUGAAAUACAAGAAGGACGGCGCCUUAAUCCCCCCCUCCAUCGCCAAGCAGCGUACGGUUGCCGCGUCUUGUCUGAUGGCAUUUUUUACCUACGGAGCUCUGCUCAUACACACAUAUUUCCUUCCUAUAUGGUUCCAAGCCAUUCUCGGCUACAGCGCCAUCGAAUCCGGUGUAGCUAUGAUACCAUACUUCGUAGCCAACGCACUCUUCUCUGUCUUUUCCGGUGUAUUCGUCUCCGUUGUGGGCUAUUUCACGCCCCCUGCUAUCCUAGGAAGCGCCAUCGGCACCAUAGGCUGCGGCAUCAUCACCUUGUUCCACCCCCAGAUGAGCACGGGAAUGUGGAUCGGCUUCGAGAUUCUCGCUUCCGCUGGCUUCGGCAUGUCCAUUCAGCAAGGCUUCACAGCGGUACAGACUGUUCUCGGACCCGAGGAUCUUGCUGUUGGCACUGCCGCUGUCGUAGCUGCGCAGUCUCUUGGAGGUGCUGUCUUCAUCUCUGUCGGUAACAGCGUAUUUCAAAAUCGCCUCGCGUCCCUCAUCGAGGAUACUAACAUCCCGGGCCUUGACGUUCGUGCCAUCGUUGGAGCCGGCGCUGUCGCCUUCCGAAAGGUUGUUCCAGCCGACGAUCUUCCCACGCUCCUUGCGCUCUACGAUGCCGCGCUACACACCGUCCUGGUCGUCGCAGUGCCGCUUGGCGGGCUCGCCUUCCUGUCAUGCUGCUUCCUCCAGUGGAAGUCCGUCAAGAAGCCUGCUCAGCCACAUUCUGGGGAUGUGGAGAAGGCGUAA